CUUUCAAAUGCAUUUACAUUUAGAUUUGUGAAAGGAAAACAAAAAGAUGAUGUUACUUAUAAACUCAUUGGUUACCAUUGGUUUUUUAAUUGUUACAAGUGAUUUAAUUAAGUUGUAUCAAGGUGAAGAUUCAGUUGAUCAUUUAAACUCUCAUUUUUCAAUCAAUUGUGAUUUCGUUUCAUGCCCGGUGAUUGAAAUUUGCUUGGAACCUCAGCAAGAGAUUGUCCAAGGAAUCAGGAUUGGUGGUUGUUGUCCUGGUUGUGUUUACAUCUCAGGUGUCAAUGAAACUUGUGGUACAUAUGAAACUCGGUGUAAACAUGGAUUAACCUGUGACCAGGAAUUAGGCCAUUGUGUUAGAGGAGAGGCCACUUCAAAGUGUAUUAGAAAACAGGAGAGAUUGAAAUCUUUGAAUGGAAAAAAAUUCUGUUCCAAUCGUGGAGGUAACUUGGUUUCAACUGGAUUCCAAUUAGAUACAAGUCAACAUGAGCCCGACUGUAAUCAGGUAACUGGACAAUACAAAGCUAAACAAUGUAAAUCAGCAAAUUGUAAUUGUGUCAAUCCUGAUUCUGGUGAAAAAAUUUUCGGCAAAUCUCAGUCCACUUAUCAGUCCAAUAUGACCUGUUCGUGUUCCGUAUCGUUAACUCAAUUAACGAAAAUGUCAUCAAUUAAUCAGCUUGAUUAUCAAUCAAAUAUUCAUCAACAUUGUUCAGAUAACGGUAACUUUGCCUCUCUCCAAUGUUAUCAUCAACUUUGCUAUUGUUCAGAUCCAUUAACAGGUAAACCAAAGUCACCGAUGGUUCUUAAAGAUGCAAUUUCAAUUCUUGAUUGUUAUUAUGAUACUUACCAACGACAGGUAGAAGUUAAUUGCGACGAGAAGGUUGAAUAUACCGAUGACGAUGGUAAUAAGCGACUUCGAGACCUUUGUUAUUGUAUUGACCAUGAUAGUGGACAAAAAUGGCGGAUGAGAAAAGCCGAUCUUAAAGUUUGCUUUGAUUUCAUUGAGUCACAGAAUUUAAUUGGCGCUGAUUAUAGUAAACCAUGUGAACGAAAGCUUCAACCUUUAGCCAAUUUAACUCAAUUUUUCCAGCGAAAAGGUAUCGAUGUUAUCGGGUUAAGUUCAGUUCAAUGUGACCUUGAUGGUAACUAUUAUUAUCGGCAAUGUACUGACACUGAAUGUUCAUGUGUAAACACCAACGGUGAUGGGACAGGUAAUUAUCGUAUCGACAGGUAUGGAAACGAUGAUCGUAACAUGAGGUGUGACUGCGCCAUUCAAGAGUACGAGAUUACAACUCUGGGUAAACCAUAUGAUAAAUUACUUUGUGACCUUUACGGUAACUUUAAGGCCAAUCAAUGUUUCGAGGCUGGACUAAGGUGUUUCUGUGUCGAUUCCAAUGGUAAUCGUAUAUCCGAUGUAAUCUCAUCUAACUUAAUCCCCUCUGGAUUAAGUAUAAGUGAAAUUUGUUCAACCAUGAGAACAAUUUUAGAGAUUGAUCAAGACGAUGAUGAUCAAUUAAUUUGGCAAAAUUAUAAUUAUCAAGCUUGUUAAACAGUCCAU